AUGGCCUCCAUUUCCACCUUCAACAUCGCAGUCCCAGAUUCGCAGCUCAAACAACUCAACGAGAAGCUCCACGCAGCAACGUUCCCUGAUGAACUGGACGAAGCUGGCUGGGACAUGGGUGUCCCGCUCUUCGAGAUGAAGCGCCUGGUCACAGCAUGGCGUGAGAACUUUGACUGGCGCGCACAAGAAAAGAAAUUAAACGAGCAGCUCAACCAAUUCAUAGUCUCUAUUUCAGUGGAUGGCUUUGGUGAGCUCGAUAUCCAUGUUGUGCACCACCGAAAUGGGAAUCCGCGCUAUUCCUCUCUUAUUCAUUCACGGAUUUCCACUCAUGUCAGAUGGGCGAUGGCUAAAUGCAUACUAGGGCCGGGGAGCUUCCUCGAAGCUACGAAGCUCAUCCCGUUGCUUGUGCAGGGCGAUGAUGGUCCGGCAUUUGAUGUUGUGGUACCUUCGUUACCUAACUAUGGUUUCUCUCAGGGUGUGCAGAAGAGAGGAUUCGGUCUGGCUCAGUAUGCCGAGACCAUGCACAAGGUGAUGAUUACUCUAGGAUAUGAAGAAUACGUCAUCCAGGGAGGAGACUGGGGGAGCGUGAUCGCCCGCACCAUGGCACAGUACUACGCCAAGCAUAUUCAAGCCAUUCACCUGAACUUGGUUGCCGUGAUGCCUCCAUUACCAUGGCGCAAUCCGCUCCGAUUUCUUCAUUCCCUAGCAAGUGUGCCUUUCUCUGCGAAGGACCGGAAGGCUAUUGGCCGCACUGUGGACUACGUUCUCAACGGCAGUGCGUAUAUGAAGCAGCAACAGACCCGGCCACAGACACUGGGAUAUGGCCUGCAUGACAGCCCAGUUGCGCUUCUCGCGUGGAUCUACGAUAAAUUACAUUCAUGGUCAGACAACUACCAGUGGACAGAUGAUGAAAUCUUUACCUGGAUCAGCGUGUACUAUUUCUCGCGGGCAGGGCCGACGGCGUCGACUCGGAUCUACCAUGAGGCUUCGGCAUCAAAGCCUGAAACCAAGGAUAUCGGGGGUGAGGGCAAGCAGGAGGUGAUUACGAACUGGAUAACUGUUCCUGAAGUGCUGUCGGCUUCUGCGCAAUGUAAUGUGCGAUUUGCUGUCGCGCAAUUCAAGGAAGAAAUUAUCCAGUUGCCUACUGCUUGGUACCGUUCGAUCGGGAAUGUGGUGCAGGAGAAGGAGUUUGAGCAUGGGGGUCAUUUUGCUGCUUGGGAGGUGCCCGAAGUGCUAGCAGGUGAUCUGAAAGAUUUCCUGGGCAGGGACGGGCCAGCCUACGAGGCGGUCCAGGGCAAAGAUGGCUAUUGA